AUGAAGUCCUUCUUUGGGUUUUUUCUCUGUUGCGUCUCGUUUCUCCUGGCAGACAUCUCUGCAAGCUACAGUACUCCAUCAGAGAUGUUAGCCCAGAGUUAUGCACAAAGAAGAAAUUACGGGAAUCCACCAAAGGCCAGAGCACCCCAGAGGACACUUAACCCAGCAGCUACUGACUCCCACUGUAGGAGCCGCCCACUGGACCUUGUGUUUAUCAUUGACAGCUCACGUAGCGUGCGGCCAGGUGAGUUUGAGAAGGUCAAGAUUUUCCUUUCAGACAUGGUGGACACGCUGGACGUCAGUGCAGAUGCCACCCGCGUUGCUGUAGUGAACUAUGCCAGCACGGUCAAAAUUGAAUUCUUCCUCAAGGACCAUCUCAGGAAAGAAAGCUUGAAGCAAGCCAUCAGCCUGAUUGAGCCCCUGGCUGCAGGCACCAUGACCGGCCUGGCCAUCAAGAAGGCCAUGGAUGAAGCCUUCACCGAGAAGUCAGGAGCCCGGCCAAAAUCCAAGAACAUCUCGAAAGUGGCCAUCAUUGUCACAGAUGGACGUCCUCAGGACCAGGUAGAAGAGGUCUCUGCUGCAGCCCGGGCUUCAGGGAUCGAAAUUUAUGCUGUGGGAGUGGACCGGGCUGACAUAGGCUCACUGAAGCUCAUGGCUAGCAACCCGCUGGAAGACCAUGUCUUCUACGUGGAAACCUAUGGAGUCAUCGAGAAGCUCACCUCCAAGUUCCGGGAGACUCUGUGUUUCGUGGAUCCCUGUGCUAUGGGAAAUGGCUGCGAGCACAUUUGUGUCAGCAGUGGCUCAACCUUUUACUGCAAGUGUCGGAAGGGCUAUAUUUUGAACGAGGACCAGAAAACAUGCUCCCUCAAACAGAUGAAGGUGGAAAUAGUGCAGGAUCCAUGUCUUUGUGAAGCCAGACUGGCCUUCCAGAGGCAAACACAAACCUCCAUCCAGAACCUCAAUUCCAAACUAGCUGAAGUCUCCAGGAAAGUUGAGCAAAUGGAAAGAAUGCUGGCUCGGAUGUAA